UAACAACACUGCUUCCUGCUGCUCGACGCGAGCUCCGCGCGAACAGAAACGGAGCAAGUCGCGAGCGAGCGCGAGCGAACGUUUCUCCGCUUGUAACCAACACCGUCGGCACGAUGGCAGCUCAGUGGAUUCGCACAGCAAUCUCUUCGAGAAUCACCGGUGCGCGACUCUACAGCAGCAAGGUACACAAAUGCACCCUCAUUCCCGGGGAUGGUAUCGGACCCGAAAUCUCCGCUGCCGUGCAAAAGAUCUUCGACGCUGCCAAGGUGCCGAUAGAAUGGGAAUCAGUCGAUGUAACACCGGUAAAGGGUCCGGAUGGCAGGUUUGGUAUACCACAAGCGGCCAUCGAUUCUGUCAAUAGGAAUAAAAUCGGUCUUAAGGGACCGCUCAUGACUCCAAUUGGGAAAGGUCACAGAUCACUCAAUCUUGCGCUGAGAAAGGAAUUUAAUUUGUACGCCAAUGUACGACCAUGCCUAUCCUUGGAGGGGUACAAGACGCUGUACGAUAAUGUUGACGUCGUCACUAUCAGAGAAAAUACGGAAGGUGAAUACUCGGGUAUAGAGCACGAGAUCGUAGAAGGCGUCGUACAAUCGAUCAAGUUGAUCACGGAGGAGGCCUCUCGCAGAGUAGCAGAAUUUGCUUUCCAAUAUGCCACGGACAACAAUAGAAAGAAAGUUACCGCUGUACAUAAAGCUAAUAUCAUGAGGAUGUCGGACGGCUUGUUCCUGAGGUGUUGUCGAGAAGCCGCGCAAAAGUUUCCAUCUGUCAAAUUCGAGGAGAGGUAUCUGGAUACAGUUUGCCUAAACAUGGUGCAGGAUCCGAGUCAAUACGACGUGCUUGUCAUGCCUAACUUGUACGGCGAUAUUUUGUCUGACUUGUGCGCUGGACUCGUCGGAGGCCUCGGUCUCACGCCAAGCGGUAACAUUGGUCUGAACGGAGCCUUGUUUGAAUCGGUACAUGGAACGGCGCCCGAUAUUGCCGGCCAAGAUAAGGCGAACCCCACGGCGUUAUUGCUCUCCGCGGUGAUGAUGCUCAAAUAUAUGGGCCUGGGCAGUCACGCCAAGAUCAUCGAACGCGCUGCUUACGACACUAUCAAGGAAGCCAAGUAUCUGACCGGUGAUUUAGGCGGCACUGCAAAGUGCAGCGAGUAUACAAAUGAAAUUUGUAAGAGGGUUACUGCGCAAACUAAAUAAAAAGGACAGAUACUUGGUUGAAAUGCCCAGAUUUCAACUGCCAAAUACUCGUAGAAUCCGUGCGUCCGCCAUCAAGGGACCGCUAUUUUCUACCAUUCGCACGCAGUUUCGGGUGUGUGCGUCUCCAUUGUAAAUUUACAAUUGGAAUGAGUAUCUCAGUCCUCCAUAUGAGUGCGCAUGUAGAUUAUUUUCUCUUCCUAGGUAGAGUACUCUCUCGAUUUGACUUGCAUAAUUUGACUCGAUUUCAAUGAUUUCUCAUACGAAACGUCAUUUACUUUUGUUUAUAACACAAUCAUAAACGUACGUCACCAUUUCUGUCGACCGCAUCGAUUACUUUGCUUCUGUAUAUACAUAUGAUCAAUAUAACAACUGUUCAGAGAUAAGGUCUCGGUAGAGAUUGUAAUUAGCUAUGUAAAUUAAAUAGUAGGAACGCUGUACCAUAAUUUUAAAUAAAAUUGUUAUGCGAGACGUGUGUCUUACAGUUAGAUUAAUUGUAAGAAUAGUUGAAAAUAUCGAAAUUGCGCAGUAUUACGAAAAAAUAAAGGUUUACGAAUUUAACACCU